AUGGGGAACUUACUGGUUAAGGAUGGAGAAGAGAUGAAAAUCCUGGGUAAUCGGGGGUCGAGUAGCACAUCUGCUGAACACGAAGCAGCUGGAAACACGGAUGAAAAGGGAGCAGGAAACACUGCGGACCAGCAUUCGGUGGGCGAUUCGCCACGCAAGGCUACUUUUCUCGAAAGUAUGAAGCCGUUCAAUGGGCGGAAAACAGAUGACCGGUAUCUGCACCUCCUUCUGCGGCCGUUCUCGCUGUUCUUGCAUCCGGGUAUACUGUGGGCCUGUCUCAUCCAAGGCAGUCUAAUCGGUUUCACGGUCCUUAUCGGUGUUGUGCUUGCAGCAAUUAUGCUUGGCCCACCGCUUUGGUUUGGAGAGAAGGAGACAGGAUACAUGUAUACGGGCGCCUUCAUCGGUGCACUCCUCGGCUUCGCCCUCACCGGUCUGAUUAGUGACUGGUCCGCCAACCUGCUCACGCGCCUCAAUAACGGCGUCUACGAACCCGAGUUCCGCAUGGUGCUCGUGGUCCCACAACUCAUAUUAGGUUGUGCUGGUAUCUACGGCUUCGGCUGGACCAGCGCAGAUACGGCAACGUACGGCUGGUUUUGGCCUGAUUUCUUCUUCGCGCUCGUAGUCAUGGGUAUGGUGUGUGGUGCUGUCGCCAGUGCGCUAUACAUCGUCGAUGCGCAUCGUGGCAUGUCCAUCGAAGCUUUCACGUGCCUCCUCGUUUUCAAGAACGUGUUCUCCUUCGCCCUGACGUUUAAAGGCUUCGACUGGGUCGUUGAGGCUGGACGGCGGAGUGGGGUAGGUGGUGGUGGGGGGAUCAAGACCCUGUUUAUCGCCGUCGGGAGUGCGCAGGUCGCUGUUUGUGCGUUGACGAUUCCGAUGUACAUCCUCGGCAAGAAGAACCGGAGUUUCUUCCACCGCCACAAUGUUUUCUUUGCGGUAACGGAUUGGGUGGCGGAUAAACUGACAUUUUGGUAG